GCAAUGCCGGCAAGGGGCUGCGGCCCAGCCGGGGUUCGGAGGGCAGGCCCGUUUCCCCCCGCCACAAACCUCCACGCCCCGCCGGGCGUUUUCCCUCCUUCUCCCCGGGACAUGCCCUUCCACCCCGGGACUCUCCGUCCCCCUGCUUUCUUCCUGGGACACCGUCCUCUCUUUCUCUUCUUCCUCCCUGGGACGCCCUUCCCUCUCCCUCCUCCCCUGGACUUCCUCCGGCCUCCCCGUCUGCGUCCUCCCCCGCCUCCCCGCCCCGCCCGCUUUCUCCCUGGGACACCGUCCUUUCCUCUCUCUCUCUCCUUCCUCUCUGGGACGCCCUUCCCAACCCGUCCUCGUGAUGCCAUCUCCUCCUCCUCUCCCCUCCCUCCUCCUCCCGGGGACACCAUUCCCUCCUCCCCGCACACCGUCCUCUUCGCUUCCUCCCUCCCAGGGUCGCCCUUUUCUCCUCCCCGCACACCAGUCCCUCCUCUUCCCCUUCCUUCUCCACGGACACCCUUCCCUCCUCUUCCUCGUCCGAAUGGGGAUGCCAUGCCUUCCUCCUCCCCGCACACCAUUUCCUCCUCCUCUUCCCCUCCCCUGGAACACCUUCCCAUGGUCCUCCUCCUCCCUGGGACUCCAUUCCUCCCUCCUCCUCCUCCUCCUCCUCCUCCUCCUCCUCCUCCUCCUUUUCCUUCCAGGACAUUCCCUCUUCCUCCCUGAACACUGCUCUCUUCUGGGAUGCCCCCUCUUCUGUCCUUGGCUGUGGUGCGCUGGGCUUAGAAACACUGGCAAAGUCCCCCCGGAGGGAUCCAUGAUCAGUGGGAGGUGCUGGGAGGGCGCUCAGUUGAGCGGCUCCUUGCUCCUGCCAAGUGUGCAUUGAGUGGAGUCAGUGUCCCUGACAAACGUUACUUUUCGAGAGCUCCUCCUGGCUCCCUGUACACCUGCUGGCCUCCCUCCUCCGAAUAAAACAGCCUGGGGCAAGCCUGGCAUCCGUGCUGCCCCCAGUCUCUGUCCACGCUUAGUGGCUGCCUUCCCCGGGCCUUCCUCCUCCCAGCCCGCAUUCUCCCCUCACCCCCACCCUUUCCUCUUCUUUGUGCACACCUGCUAGGUGCUUAGCAUUGGAGUGCUAGACAUGGAUCAAACACUUUCAAAGUUGGUAGAAGAGCUCACGACUUCAGGAGAACCCCAACUGAGUCCCGAGAAAAUGAAGGAACUGAAGAAAAUUUGCAAGUCUUCGGAGGAGCAGCUCCGCCGCGCCUACCACCUGCUCAUGGCCCAGCUGAGCCGAGAGCACGCCGAGGUCCGCCUCUCCGCCUUCCAGGUCAUAGAUCAGCUCUUCGCCCGGUCUCAUCGGUUCCGGGUGCUGGUCGUCUCCAACUUCCAGGAGUUUCUGGAGCUCACCCUGGGCACCGACCACGAGCAGCCCCUGCCGCCCCCCAGGGAGGCGGCCCAGAGGCUGAGGCAGGCGGCCGCCAGGGCUGUCCAAGGAUGGCACGGGAAGUACGGCGCCGCCUACAAGAAGCUCGCCUUGGGCUACCACUUCCUGAGACACAGCAAACAGGUGGAUUUUGAGGAUGUGAGCGCACGGACUCUGGCAGAAAGAAAGCGGGAGGAGGAGAAGCAGAAACGCUUGGACAGAAUCUACAGGGAGAGGUGUGAGCGGGCCGUCAGGGACAUGGAGGAAACGUCUGAGGAGAUCCGGUGCUGCCUCACGGAGGUGGAGAGCUGCUUCAGGCUGCUGGUGCCGCUGGACUUGGCCGAGGGCCCGGGAGCCGCCUUGCCCACCGUGGCCUUCGGUGCGUCUGAAGGGGGCGCCCCUUGCCUGGCCGGUGCCUUGAGGCCUGGGGACGAGGAGCCCUGUUGCAGCAAGAGCCUGCUCGCCUGUGCCCGCCCUCCGUCUCCCCCUCCCUGGACCGCAGGGGACUCAGGGGAGGAGGACGAGGAGGACGAGGACCGGCAUGAGGACAGCGACGGUGACAAGGAAGGGUUUGUGCGGCGCCACGGACUGGGCUCCCACAAGUACACGCUAGAUGUGGAGCUCUCCUCAGAUGGCCUGAGGGUGCACGAGGACGAGGACAACCACGCCGUCAUCCAGUCUGCCCGGGACGCGCUCAAGCUUAUCCGAAACAAGUUCCUGCCGGCCGUGCGCUCCUGGGUACAGCUGUUCACCCGCGCGGGGAUUCGUGGCGGGCACUUGGAAGCCGCCAUCAACCUGAAGGCGGAACUGGAAACUGCCCUGAGGAGAUCUGGGGAGCUGGACAUCGAACCUGAGGAGGGGCGCAGGAGGGAGACGGGCCCAGCGGUCGGGGACGAGGAUGAGGACGAGGACGACGACUUCAUAGAGGUCCCAGAGAAGGAGGGCUAUGAGGCUUGCGUCCCCGAGCACCUGCAGCCCGAGUGUGGGCUGGAGAGGGACCCGGCAGCACGGGGCUCGCGGGCCCGGAAGAGGAUGAGGAGGGAUGAGGAGGCGCAGGACCCCACCUGUGCUGCCGCCCAGCUGCACGCACUGCAUGGACGCUUGCCCCCGCCCCCGAGCCCCAGGGCACCUGUGGGACCAGAGGAGGCUGGGAAGCUGGCCGCAGAGAGGGCCCGGGCGCCUGUCGUGCCCUUUGGGGUGGAUCUGUGCUACUGGGGCCAGGAGCAGCCGCCGGCCGGGAAGAUCUUCAAGUGUCCCUCUGAGCACCGCUUCUGGAAGCCCAGUGAAGCGCACGUGGAAGUGGACAACGCCAACGUCUCAGAGAUGCUCCGGAGCCGCUACAUCACCUUCGCGGGGAAGUUUGAGCCCGUGCGGCACCGCUGCCGCGCCCCGAGGCCCGAUGGCCGGCUCUGCGAGCGCCAGGACCGGCUGAAGUGUCCUUUCCACGGGAAGAUCGUCCCGAGAGAUGACGCGGGGCGGCCCCUCCGCCCGGAGGACCGGGCCUGGGAGCAGAGGCGGCUGCAGCAGCAGCAGCAGCAGCAGCAGGCGGGACGCCCGGAGUGGCAGGACCCCGACUUUAUGAGAGACGUGGAGGCCGCCACGGGAGUAGACCUUGGCUCGUCUGGGUCCAGCGGGAGAGGCAGAGGAAAGAGGAGGAGACGCAGUGGCCUCACCGACCUGAAGCAGCAGGCCGACACUGCCCGUGCGCGCAUCGCGAAGAAGGUGUUUGCUAAGGCAGCCGUGCAGAGGGUCGUCACGGCCAUGAACCAGAUGGACCGCAAGAAACACGAGAAGUUUGCAAACCAGUUUAACUAUGCGCUGAAUUAGAGGGCCAGACUGGGCGUGUGUGGUCCCCUCUGGCCGCAGCUCCUCUUCGCCCUGUGCCAGCGCUCGAGGACGGGCGAGCGGGCACGGGACCGGGUCGCCACCACAGCCACCGUUCCUGUGUGUGCUUCGUGGGAGGAGUUAGCGCGUAUUCUAAUUAAAGUGCCCCAGAGCCGUGGACUGUCCCUCCCGCGGGGGUGCCACUGUCCUCUGGGCUCCCGUCUGGCCCGAGAGCCUGGAGGACACACGGGCAGCUGUGUCUCAGUGGGGCCUCUUACAAAGCCUGUACAUCUUACAACGUGGCUCAGAGUCGAUGGGCCACGUGUGACCCCUGGCCCCUUCCCUGGGCGGCGAUCGCUCGGAGGGGCUCCAGGAAACCCACACUUCUACGCGCACACCGUUUCUAAGACGAACACACCAGAAGUGAACCGCUCAGGGCGCUGUGCCUUGUGCCUCCAACGCACACGUGUGGGGUGGUGGUUCUGCGUUAGAAUGCCCACAACUACCUCACUGCUCUUGUUCUUCCAAGGACCGCGUUCCUGAGACAGAACCCACAUACCAUAGCAUUCACCCUUUCAGAACGUAUAACUUAGUGUCAUUAAGUGUGUUGACGGUGUUGUGCGACCCACACCACCUGAUUCCAGAACUUUGCAUCACCGCAGAAGAAGCCCUGUCCCCGUGGGCAGGCGUGUGCAGCACCUCUGGAUUUGUCUGCGGGUUUGCGCCCUUUCUGGACGUUUCACGUGAAUGCCCCUCGCGUCCGGCGUCGUCCGCUUAGCCCCGUGUCUCCAGGGUUGUUCCGUGUGAUAGAAUAUGCCAGAACUCCAGCCCCUUUUGUGGCCUAGUGAUGAUACCCAUUGAGUGGAUGCCACACCCGUUUAUCUGUUCGUCACGGACAUGUGGGUCGUUCCACAUCGCUUGUCUGUUACGAAUAAUGCUUCCGUGAACGUUUGUGUACAGGUUUUUGUGUGGACGUGUAUUUUCAUUUCUUUUGGGUUUACACCUAGAAACGGAAUUGCCGGGUCAUAUGGCGACUCUGUCUGACUUUUGGAUGAACUGCUGAACUGUUCCAAAGCCGCCGAACCAUUUUACUUACAUUCCCACCGCAGCGCGUGAAGGUUCCAAUUUCUUGUCUGCGCUUGUCCACGCUUGUUAUUAUCUGUAAUUGGCGUAAAGUGGUGUCUUGAUUUGUAUUUUAGUCUGUAUUUUCCUAGUGACCAGUGGUAUCAUUUUUUCGUGUGUUUGUUGGCCAUAGAAAUAUCCGUUCAGAUCCUUUGACCAUUUUCAGUCGGAUGGUUUGUUUUGAGUUGUAAAAAUUCUUUAUCUAUUCUGGAUGCCAGAUCCUUAUAUCGUGUGCCAAUACCUUCUCCCAUUCUGUCUCACUUCCUCAAUAGUGCCCUUAGAAGCACUAAGUUGUUACUUUUGAUAACAUCCAGGAUCUGUUUUUUCUUUUGUUUCUUGUGCUUCUGGUGUGCUGUCUAAGCAGCAUGGUCUGAUCCAAGGUCAUGAUAUACCCCUAUGUUUUCUUCUAAGUGUCCUUAUCGGGUUAGCUCUUAAAUUCAGGUCAGUUUUGUUUUGAGUUAGUUUUGUAUAUGGGCGUGAGGUAGGGGCCCAACUUUGUCCUUUUGUGUGUGGAGAAGAUUAUUCUUUCUGACCCACUGAAUUAUCUUAACACCUUUGCUGAUUGUCGAUUGGCCAUAAAUGUAUGAAUUUAUUUCCGGAUUCUCAGUUCUGUUCCACUGACCUAUAUGUCCUUAUGCCAGUGCUUCAGUGUCUUGAUUAAUGUAGCUUGGUGGUAAGUUUUGAAACCUGAAAGUGAGUCCUCCCUCCAGCUUUGUUCUUUUUCAAGGCUGUUUGGCUGGCCUGGGUCCCUUGCAUUUCCAAAUGAGUUUUAGGAUCAGCUUGUUAGUUUCUUCCAUCCAAAAAAAAAAAAAAAAAAAAAAAGGCAGCUGAGAUUUUGACAGAGGUUUUGUUGGAUCUAGGGGUCACUAUACUUAAUACCUAGCCGUGUGGCUUAUGCACUCGGGGUCUCAUGAUCGUUAGGCUCUUCCCCAGCUUCUUUUAGCAACGUUUUGUCAGUGUCCACAUUUUGCACUCAUUUUGUUAAAUGUGUUCUCAAGUAUUUUAUUCUUUUUAAUGCUGUUGCAAAUGUAACUUUUUCUGAAUUUCAUUUUAGAUUGUUCUCAAUUUGUAGAAACUCAACUGAAUUUUGUAUGGUUUUGUAGCCUGAAACUUUGCUCAACUCGGUUAAUUCCAAUAGCACGUGCGUGCAGAUUUCUUAGGAUUUUCUCAACACACAGUCACAUCAUCUGCAAACAAAAUGCUUCCUUUUCAGUUUGGAUGCUUUCGUUUUUUUCUUUUGCCUAACUGCUUUGGCAAAGUAGAAGCCUCGAGUACAGUGUCAAGUAGCAGUGGUGACAGUGGACAUCCUCACCUUGUUCCUGGGCUUGGGGAGGAAGUUUUCAGAGUCUCACCCCAUGGUACGGUGUGGGCUGUGGGCUUUUGAAGAUGGUUUUUGCCAGGCUGAGAAAGUGACCUUCUAAUUCUACUCUGUCCGGUGUUUUUGUCUUGAGAAAACGUUGCAUCUGUGCGAUGUCCAUCCAUCUGUCUCUACUGAAACGAUCAUGUGGCUUUUGUCCUUUAUUCUGAUGAUACGGUUUAUUAUGUUAAUUGGUUUUUGUACGUUGAACCACUCUUGGCUUUCAUGGGAUAAAUCCCACUUGGUCGUGAUAAUUCUUUUUAUAUAUUGCUGCAUUUGGUUUGCUAGUAUUCUGUGAUUCCAUUGACCUAGUGUGCUAGUACUUUGUUAAGGACUUUUGUGUCUGUAUUCAUAAGAGAUAUCAGUGUGUAUUUCUUCUUGUGUUGUCUUUGUCUGGCUUUCGUACCAGAGUACUACUGGCCUCAUAGGUUGAAUUGGGAAGUGUUCCUUCCUCUCCUGCUUUUUUGGGAACAAUUUAUGGAAGAUUUGUGUUAAUUCGUUAAGCAUUUGGUAGAAUUCGCCCGUAAAGUCAUUUGGUCCUGGA